AUGACCUCCCGCCGCGUCUCACGGCAGCGGCAGUCCGCCGUCGGCGCGACGGACGUCCUCAUCAUGCUGCAACGCAUGAUUGAUGCAAAGGAGCGCGAAGUCGCCAUGCUUCGGGACCUGCUGGCAGAAAUUAAUCACCCGGCCCCCGCGGCGUAUCAUCGCCCGGCACCGAUGGUGCAUUCGAGGGCUUCGACGUUUAUGACGUCGACGUGCAGGAGAUGCAGCGGGCAGGGCCCCCCGCCAAAGUCAGGGUCGUCGACGAGCGCGUCGGCGAGAAGCACGCCGUCUGUGGCGAGCGUGAGGAGGAGUACGCCGUCGGUGGCGAGCUCGAGGGGGAGGAGUGUGCGGUCGUUGGAUAUGUGA